GCCAAUGGGCAGACGUUACUCUCCCCCUGUGAUUCUCACUGACUGAGGUAGUUUACAUAGGAUUACCGCGGGAUAAUCCACACCCAGUAUUUAGUGACAUGAAUCGCCAUCUGUCCGCUGUUAGCGCUGUGAGAACAGAGCUGUUCCAGUUUUAAGAUUGAAACGGAGACACACCAUCCGGAUGGUUGGUAUUGUAUCGAGGGUAAAUUAAUCAAUAACUUCCAUUUGAAACGGAGACUGAUAUUAACACGUUGUUUGCUAAACGGUAGUGCGCAUCUGAUUCUUUGUCAGAAGAGUUGACACGAGGACAACGUGAAGGUGCAAUGAGCAAGGGAACUGGGUGUCGUGUGAACUCAUGGUGAACUCAUGCUGACUGCAUGGAGAGCCCCAGUAUUGCCAGUGUCUACUCCAGCAUUAUCCAGAACAUUCUUUAGUUCUGCUCAGAUUACUCCAAACCAACAGCAGAUACAUUCCAACUCUACACCAGCUAACGUCCAGUGAUCCAGCUGUACCCUGAAACAUCAGCUGUGGUCCAUUUCUACUCCAUCUGUACUACUGUACAGCACAACCAGCUAUGCUGUAGGAUCUUACACCAGCACAGCUCUUCCUUCAGGUAGCUCCCCACUAUACCAGCUACUAUACAACCAGCCACAACUAUACCUCAACCAGCCUCCAGCCCCAAAUGAUGCGGACAGACAGUAAAGGCAGAAGUGCCUCUCCUCACAGGAACACCUACAAGACAGACUUCCACACCAUCAAAUGCUCCCUUGACACGUCGGCCAUGACUCCACAACCUGCGGCAGGGAGUAAGCCUUCACUUAACACUCCUGUGGCCCCACCUACCCCUUCCUCCAACCAAUCAGACCCCACAAUGUCACACGUGAACAUCAGCGGCACAGGAGGUGGGGGCCGGGUCCACUGCAGCAGGGGUAGCAAGAUCAGAGACAACAUCUUCCUCCAAAUGGACAGCCAGCAGCAGCAGCACCACAAACCAGACGGCCGAGCAAGCACGUGUAAAACCCCCACUCCCCUCCUCUCUCCUCACCCUCCUCACCUCCCGUCUCUACCCUCUCCGCUGCCACCCAGAUAUGGACCCAGCUCCCCCUCCGCCUACAGCAGUGUAGCCAGCGUGUCCAGCCUAGACUCUUGCACACCAGAGAAGAUGUCCCGGGCUGAGGAGAUAGGAGAGAUAGACAGAGCAACUCUUGCACAAAAGUUCUCUGUGGCCCGCAAGCUGUUUGAGACGAAGGUCAUGGAGAUAGGUUCAAAAGUAAUCUCGGUGAGGGCGAGCAGGGGGUCUGUGGAAGGGAGAAGGGGGGAGGAAGAGGAGGAUGAAGAGGAGGAUGGGGAAGCAUCCGUGAGGCAGUCGGAGAAGGAGGAAGAGUCAAACACACCAGCAACCAGUGGGAAGAAGGAAAUGGGAGAGUCGUCUGACCUCCUUAACACACACACCUCCCCAACUGCCCAUCCACCAACGGAUUCCACGCUGACUUCGUCUCAAGACUGCAUUAGUCCUGUCACUCGUACAGGGAAACAUGUCGACUCCUCAUCCCCCCCUUCGCCCAACACCCCUAGUUCAGCACACAUCAUCACCCCCCAUUCUUUCACCCCCUCUGGUGACCCAAAUUCUCCCUCUUGCUCUGAGUCUGACACAUCGGCAACCACAGGAGAAGAAACUGAAAGUAGGGGAGAAAUGACUUUGGACCUAGACUUGAGCCAUGGGGAAAGGUCAAGGGUGAGUACUGUGAGGGCGGAGCUGGUGAAUGUAAAGAACGAGUCAUCAGAGAGCGAUGGGGAAAAAGAGAGUGAAGGUUGCAAGGGAGAAGAGAGGCAGGGGGAGGAGCAGAAUACCAGUGAAGACGAGGGACAGUUGGAGCAGAGAGAACAGGAGGAGGAGGGGUUUCUUGUGGAGGAUGUGUUUGAGGAACCCAGCGUAGAACCAACAGCAGCAUUUGAACCUGGUCUGGUAGAACAGAGAAGUGGAGAACCAUGUCUUGUUGAGAACUGCGCAGUGGAACCUUCUGGAGAAUGUCUGGAGCAGUGUUCUGCCGGUCUGCCUCAUGAUGGAGUGGAAAGAGAACAGGGGCCAGACAAGUUCCAACAGGUGACUGAACGGGGGGAGGGAACCAUGGAGGAAGAAAACGGACGGCUUGGCUCAGGAACAGAGGAGUGCAUCAAGACGGAGGCAGGCCAGAGAGAGACAGAGGAAGACGGGGAGGACAAAGGUCAUGAAAGAAGACAGAUGGAGGAGGUUGACGUUGAAGAGGAGGCCAGUAUGUUUAAUCAAAUCAAGGAAGGGAGUGAGGGUGGAAGGAAGGAGGGAGUAGAUGGAGGGGAAGACGUCAACAUGCUCAAGGAGGGAGCUGAUGUGGAGGAGAGGGAAAAAGUUGAACGAAAGUGCAGUGAGACCAUGAAUGGAGAGGAGAGAGGCGAGGAGGAGAAGGGAUCUGCUGUCCUCUGUGGGAUCGAGAACAAGGCCUUUGUAGGUGACCGGGAAAGGGGCGCAGGGAACGCAGAAUGUUGCCACGGGGAGUGUGAAUGUCAUGGAGAGGCCCAGGAAUGUUGUUGUGAUCCUGGACAACCUCCAUCUAUGGAAUACAAGGAGAUGCCCGGUCUCCUCAAACUCUCGGACGAGGAAGAGGAAGAAGCCGGUGAGACGAGGAAGAUCACGUUCUCCACAGCACCCAUCAAAGUGUUCAGUACCUACUCCAAUGAGGAGUACGACCGCAGGAAUGAGGAGGUGGACCCAGUUUCGGCCUCGGCCGAGUACGAGCUGGAGAAGAGAGUGGACAAGAUGGAUGUCUUCCCUGUGGAGAUAGAGAAGGGAGAGGAAGGGCUGGGCAUCAGUAUCAUAGGUAUGGGUGUGGGGGCUGACCAGGGCCUGGAGAAGCUGGGGAUCUUUGUUAAGACCAUCACAGAAGGAGGCCCCACAGCCCUGGACGGACGUAUCCAGGUGAAUGACCAGAUAGUGGAGGUUGAUGCGAUCAGUUUAGUAGGAGUCACUCAGCUGUUUGCUGCCACAGUACUGAAGAACACAUCAGGCAUCGUCAAGUUCUCCAUUGGUCGAGAGAAGGUGGGGGUGGAGAGUGAGGUGGCACGGUUGAUCAGUGAAAGUUUUGAGCAGGACAGACCGACUACACAGUGCAUGUGCUGGACAGAUCACCUUGUUUCUCAGGUGGGGAGAGCAGAGGAGGGAAGUGAGGAGGACGAUGCUUCUAUCUUGAAGAAAGAGGAGGAGGAAGAGGAGGAGGAAGUGGAUGUGUCUGUGCUGUCCGGUCUGGACACCCAUCAACUCUGCCUCAGAUACCUGCAGCUCCAGUCAAAGCUACAAAGCAGAACAGCCCAACUCUGCCAAGCUAGGGAGAAGGUGAAGGUGUGGGUGGAGCGACAGGCCUCCUGGGGGACUGAGAAGGCUGAGCUGGAGCAGAGAGCCGAGGAUGGAGAGGAGAAGGCCCAGAAAUUAGACAAGUAUUGGCAGGAGGCACAGACUCUGUGCAGGGUUGUGAGCCAGCGAUUGUCUGAUGCUCAGGGCCAAGCGGACACCCUGGAGGUGAAGUACACCAAGGCCAAGAGGCUGCUGAGGGAAUACCAGAGCAGACAGCGGGAGAGCGACAGGAGAGAGGCCGAUCUUAGGCAGGAGAUGGAGGAGAGUGAGGAGAGACACCGAGAGACAGUGGAGAGACUACAGAGACAGGUAGCCCAGCUGGAGCGAGGGGAAGCCGUGUCCGAUGGGAACAAGCAUCCACCAGACACCCCGCCCACAGACUGGAGUAUUGCCGUGCCAGACACAGGCCGUCUAGACUCCAGUGCUCACAGAGCCAGAGCUCAGCUGGCCCAGAAAGCUAAACGGCACCCACCCUCUCGAGACAAACUCCGAGAGAGUUUUAAAAGACAGGAAGGGGAAAUGCAAAACUCAGAGGACGGGAAGCCGGACAGCCUAUCCUUUCCUGUUCCCACACUAGGAGGGGUGGGGCUUAGAGGGAGUAGGAGUGACCACUCCAGCACCUCCUCCCUCUCAGCCCUCUCCUCCCAGACCCCCUCCUUCCUCUUGACCCCCCAGCAGAACGACCAGGACGUUAUCACCCCUUCGUCCUCAGCAACGAGGAAGUCGAAGAAGAAGUUUCCCGAUUUCAGUGGCCUGCGCAAGUCACUCAGCCGACGAAGGAAGAGUGAGAAGGAGAACGCGGGAAGGUCCCAGAGCAGCACGGGCUCAUGUGGAGACCUGGUGGAUGACACCAGCAGUGGAGUGUCUGCCUCCCUCUCCAACACCUCCAUGCCCUCCUGCCUGCACUUCCCCUGGUUCGGGGAGCGAGGGAGGGAGAGGGCGCGAGAGAAAGGAAGAGGGGAGGAGAGGGAGAAGCUUCGCUCGGUGUCCAGCAGCAGCUUACCGUACAUGACCACCGGAGGCAGAGAUCACGUGAGUGGAGAUAGUGUGGGAUCACCUCUGCGCAGCUCUAGUUCUGGUGUGGUGGGGCUUCUGUCUGAUCUCCCUCUCUCAGGGCACUCUCAAACUCUCACCUUUUCCUCCACUGAGACUCUGGACGAUGACCCAAUCCCUGCACACAACAACAACCAAUGGCAAAACCGCCCCCUUAUGGAAUGGACCAAUCCGCAAGUUUGUCUAUGGUUGAUGGGUAUUAACAUGGACCAAUACACCGCCGAGUUCACCGCUAGAGGAGUGGACGGGCCACAGCUUCUCAGUCUAGACAGUGAAAAACUCAAGGCUCUGGGAGUGUGCAGCAUGAGCGACCGCUCGGCUCUGAAGAGGAGGCUGAAAGACCUGAAGAGGAGGGAGGACAAAGAGAAGGAGAGGGAGAAGCAAGGGAAGGAAAGGGAGGUGAAGGAGAAGGAGGCUGCGGAAAAGGAGAGAGAGAAGAGGGGGAAGGAGGAAAAAGUCAAGAGCAGUGGUAAAAAAGUCAGGACCGAGUCUCUCUGCUGAGUCCCCGACCUCACGCAUCCGAUGGAUGACCUCCGUGUCAUCACACGCACGCACACACACACACAUUCCAAACCUGUGGUCUUCUAGAUAGCUUUCUGCUUCAGAGUGGUUCUUUGUGGACCUACGGUUGUUAGUACCAGGUGUGUCCCUACAAGGCUGUAGCCAGAGUUGCAUCACUCCAGGACUCAAACGAGAUGUGCCCCUUCAGCACCAUCAGGUCCACGCUGCAGGGAACAGGAGUUUGAAAUGCAUUUUUACUUUACCAAUGCUUGUGUCUUUUUAGUGUUGUAAAAUAGGAAUAUCAUGCUUAUUCAAGCAAUGGUUCGUCAUAUGAGCUGUAAGUGCUUUUAAUGUAUAAAUAAAUAAUGUUUUAAUUAUA